AUGCGCGGAUGUGACCGUUCCCUGUUGGCGUUGGCGCUGUGGUCGCUGCUGUGCGGCCCGGCCCUUUCCUCCCAGGCCGACGUGCGGCGCCGCCACCCGGAGGCGCUCCUCGACCCGGCGGACCCCGAGCCGGAGCAGAAAGCGGCUGAGCCGUCGUCGCAGGAGUGGAGCGAGCGAGCGCUAGAGGAUUUCCUGGCCAGGAUGACGGCGCCCGAGGCGGACGGCGACCGACGGGCGUCCCGUCUCCUCUCGGCCGGAGUUCAUCUGGAGCGCUCGGUGGAGCCCCCUAACAAUCUGCCCCCACGCGAGCGCAAGGCCGGAUGCAAGAACUUCUACUGGAAAGGCUUCACUUCCUGUUAG